AUAAAAAUACAAAUGUCGAUUUAACAAUAAUUGUUAUAACCCGUUUGUGUACAAAAUUAAAGCGGAAUCAAUAAUUUAGGAAAAGAAUAAUACUUUUUAGUUUGUAUUGUUUUCUUUAAUCGUGUGCUUUUUAUAAGUGGUGGAAAUGAGCAGAAGACAAGAAAAUAUAACUGGCACAAACUUCAGCAGGCAUCGAGACAGAUCCAGAUCUCCUCAAAGAAAAAAAGAUGUGUUUAUUAAAAAUGAAACAAAAGGUGAAGAUGAAAACGUAUUUAAAUCAAAAGACAAGGAAAGCCAAGUCAAAGAGGAGAAGAGAUCUGAGAAUGUUUCGCUUAGUGCAAAAAAUCGGUUAAAAACAAUUGGAAUUCAAAUGAAACUUAGUAGUCAAAAACCAACUUCUUCGAAACCGAAAAUGUCUGUGGCAUCUGCUUUUAAUCAGGAAAGUGACGACGAACCCGAAGAAAUGCCACCAGAAUGUAAAAUGAGAAUGAGAAAUAUAGGAAGAGAUACACCAACUUCAUCUGGGCCUAACUCUUUUGGUAAAACAAAACAAGGAUUUUCAGAUGCUAAAAAACUCUUUGAAAAAAAUUUAAAAGAGGCAAUGGAAAGUGCCAUAGCAGAUGAUUAAGGUUUUUUACUUGGCAUACACAACUUUAUUUUUUAAUAACUGUAGGCAAUUAUCGAGCGGAAUUAUUGAAUGUAGAUGCAACUUGAACAGUUUGUAGCAAUAAUUUAUCAUGAAGAAACAAUUGGUCUGUUGUUAAUUUU